AUGAAGUUCCUUCCAUUGCCCGAGUUAGAGGAUGUCACGAGUUCCAUGAAUUUCGACACAGCCGACUGUCAUAUCGCCGGUGGCUGUGAUCUGUACACUACCAAGGCUGCCCGUUCCGACCGGAAGCUGUACAACCACAUCGAGCAAUCACUUGAGGCCCAAUACGAAUCAAUCCUCCGCCUAUCGGCUUCGCUCUCUCCUCCCAACGCCCACGAUGCUGCCGAGACACUGAAUCUAUCGCGAUCCAGUCCGUUCGGCCCCCUGAGUGAGCACUCCAGUCGCCGCACCUUCGCCUACUUGAUCGCAACACUCAACGCCAGUCACCCGGACUACGACUUCUCACACGUCCUGCGACCAACCGAUUUCCGCCGCGAGAGAUACCUCAAGCGGGUGAUGAACACUGUCAAUUCCACCUUGUUCAACUUGCGCCCCCGCGAGUCGAUCGACCUUUCCCCUUCAUCCCCUGCCACCCUGUCCGGAUCAUAUAACACAAGCACAUCUGCGUGGGGCCCCCGCAUGUGGAGAACCGUAGAUGAACACAUGUCUUUAAAGGAGUGCUCGGUAUACUCGUACUCUCCGGAAGAGGACCCGUCCGACGCUGACGACGGUGCCAUCUGGAGUCUUCACUACUUCUUCUUCAACCCGCUUCGCAAGCGUGUAUGUUAUAUCUACCUCCGAGCGAUUCCCAUCCUCAGCCACACACCGGAUGAGAUGGCUUCCACGCCGACCGGCAAACGGACCUUCAAUGACGGAUAUCUCACACCUGACCUCAGCUCGAGCAAGCGGGCCCGGUAUUGGCUUGGGAGCCGGGCUGAAUCCUCGCUCCGUGCAAGUGAGGAUGACAGUGAUGAUGAGAUGCUACAUCAUCAAUCCAAGUCCUCCCUUCCGGUCGGAAAUGAUGCCGACCAUUAUAUGCUUAGCGAUGAGGAGAUUCGCUCCCGCUCUGGUAGCAGAGGGAUGGUUCGCGCGAUGAGUGAGGAGAUUGCAGACUCCAUGGAGGUUUAA